CAGGCCAGAAGGGACGCCGAGCGCUCUGGAAAGAAGGUGCCAGCCUUCGGUGGUUUUGGUAGCGCCGGAAUGAGCAGUGUAUCCUCGAGCUCCGUCAUCACAGACACCAUUGUAGAACCCGAGAAACCCAAGAUCACACCGACUCCUGUCAGAUCGAGUGGACCAAGCAGGGCUCUGAAACUGGGCGCUAAAGGGAAAGAAGUAGACAACUUUGUUGACCAGCUCAAGUCUGAAGGUGAAACAAUCAUUCCAUCUACAGGAAAGAGAGGCUCAGAUGUGUCGAAAGUUCUGGCACCACCAGUCAAUGUGGAGAGCGUACAUCUCCGUGUGGAGGAGAAGAUCUCGUUGACCUGUGGCCGGGAUGGCGGCCUACAGAACAUGGAAAUUCUUGGCAUGGUGACGCUCCGAGUUACUGAUGAGAAGAACGGCCGCAUCCGCCUCAUUGUCAGCAAUACUGACAACAAAGGAUUACAGCUGCAGACACAUCCCAAUGUGGAUAAGAAGUUUUUCACAGCCGAGUCAGUGAUUGGCCUGAAGAACCCAGAGAAGUCCUUUCCUCUCAAUAACGAUGUUGGUGUGCUCAAGUGGAGGCUGCAGACCACAGACGAGACCCUCAUACCUCUAACCAUAAACUGCUGGCCUUCAGAGAGCGCCACUGGCUGUGAUGUCAACAUCGAGUAUGAGCUGCAGAAGGACAGCCUGGAGCUGAACGACGUCGUCAUCAGCAUCCCUAUACCAUCUGGCGUGGGAGCUCCUGUAAUUGGUGACCUGGACGGAGAGUACAAGCACGACAGCCGGCGGAACAUCCUGGAGUGGUGCCUACCUGUCAUCGAUGCCAACAACAAAACUGGCAGCCUGGAGUUCAGCAUCGCUGGGCAGCCUCAUGAUUUCUUCCCCGUCAACGUGUCCUUCGUGUCCAAGCGUAACUUCUGUGACAUCGAGGUGACCAAAGUGACUCAUGUAGACGGCGACAGCUCUGUUAAAUUCUCUACAGAAACCUCCUUUGUUGUCGACAAAUACGUCAUUGAGUAGAUGUUGGAUGAAAAUAACUAAAUAAAAAAAUAAAAAAUCACAAUGUCCAAAUCUAUGCUAUGGAGAAGAUUGAAGAUUUCUGCCUGCCGCCCCUGUUUGCUAUUAGACUGUACAUCGUCAGGACUGUUUGCCUUCUGGCAGAGCUUCCUCCAUGGUGGAGAAGAGCAGCGGUGGUGUAUUUAUGUUUGUAUGAGAGGAUCAUAUAUAUAUACAUAUUACAUAUAUAUAUUACAUAUAUAAUGUAUGUAUGUAUAUAUAUAUGUAUAUGUAAAGAGUGUAAUUUGAACAUGAAUAAAAACUGCAAAUAUACAGAAAUGAAAGCUCAGCUGAUGAUGCUGUUCAGAACUGUAAAGACUGGAGGCUAAGUAGAGGAUGACUGUGGGGGUGGAGGAGGGACCAGCAGCCUCCAUCAGUAAAUCCUGCCAGGAGGUAGAGGAGCAGGACCUGAGGCCCGGGUCUCCACCAGAGUCGGAGCAGGGAGCUUAGAAUGGAUGCACGUCCACAGCCUGGCUGCUUCUGCCACUUGUUCACCCAUUGUUUCCUUACUUUCUUGGUUCUUUGUUAAAGUUAGUCCUGACUCCUCUGUGCACGUCGUGCUGCUUUUGUUAAAACCAUGACUUGUUUUUAAUAUCUCAAUUCACAUCUUUUUUUUCCUUCUAAGCAUAUUUAGAUUUUUCAGUUUUUGUAGAAAUCUGUUCUUUGUUGGGGGAACACCAAACUUGGCCCAGUUUGUUCAGUCUGCAAGUCUCAGCUCUUUGUUUUGAAAUUAUUUUUUCCUUGUUCUUUGCUUUUUAAUUAAUCGUUAAUUAUUAAUCAUCUGCAGGUUGAAGUUUAAUGGUGAAGUGCACGCUUUGUAAGGGAUUGUCAACUGAAGGACAAGCUUAUCUACCAGUAAAACCAUUUAACGUCUUGCAUCUGUUGACGUUUGUCAUGUUUUUUGGGAACACCUUUAGAACCGCUCCUCCUUGACGGGUUGUUUUUAGUUCUAAGAGAAAUUCUGAAAAGGCAGAAAAUGAAAAUAAGAACUUUUAAAUGAGCCUCCAAAACAAUUGAGCUGUCAUUCGAGUCCAGAACUCCCAGGUGCGAGUCUGCCUGUAAAUCUGCUCCAUCAGCUCGGGUUUUACUGAGGUUCCUAUAGUAACGUGGCAUCCAUCCACCCAGUCAUCCUUUACUUAGUGUCAGAGUGCAUCAGCAUUAUUCAAAAAGUCACGUUUGUUAUCCUUUCCCCUCUUUUAUUUCCCCAGAUUACAAUUGAAGUGUGGAUGUGGGGUCAGAUUGUUUCUUUUUUUAAUUCUUGAAGGGGAAUCUUAACAUUCCACUGUACAACCUGGACAAAGGAAGCUUAAAUGGAAUAAAAUGUAAUAUUGAAAAGGA